GCUAAAGGCUUAUGAUGAAGCCAAAGCAGCUGGGAAGGCUUCUCCGGCCAAGGAGGUUGAGAAGCUAGGCUAUCGUGGCUUUUACCGUUGCUGUGUCUACAAAUGGGCUAAAUGCCGGCAAGUUCAGCACUGGGACCUUUUGGUCACAACAGCUCCCCAGUUGGCCAAGAGAAUGAAGGAACUUCCCAACAAAGUUGAACGCAUCGCCUUGGGGGAAGAAUGCGAUUUUUACUUUGUGGCAGACGUGCUCAAAUUGGCAAUCCAGCAAUGGAAUGAAUCAGUUGACCUCAAGAAGCAGAAAUUGUCCAGCGCGGGUGGUCUACUGCAGACAUUGGAGGCAGUAACCGCAGGAGAAGAGGGUUUCCAGGAGAAUGAAGCAGUUGCUCGAGUUGAAAACAGUGUUGCCGAGCAAAUGGGUAGGCUUCAGAAGAUCACGCUGAAGCCAACAGAGAACAACUUUUUGAAAUCAGCACAGAGACUAUGCCAAAAGUGUGGAAUUGGCGUCUGUGGCAACACGAAGCCGGGCAAGCACCUGCCCUCAUCCCACCCAGCUCUACAGAAGCUUAGAGAGUUCAUCCAGCUGUUUGGAGCUUGCAGUACCAACCGUCACGGAGGACCCUCCAGCCUCGAACCCAUUGCGACGACCUAG